AUGCCCAAAGCUGCAGUAUCAUGGUCGAAGGAGCCCUCUUUCGCUGGUGUAUUUUUUCUACCAUGGAUAGCUCCAGAUUUGUUUAAAAAAUUCCUUCAGUUCAAUACCCUUGGAUCACAGUUAGUCAACACAUUGGUUGUUAAAAUUGUUGAAGAACAAUCUCAGAUUUUCAAGAUCCUGGAUAGCACCCUCAAUGAUCCAGAAACCAAAGGCCGCUUAAUCUCAUUGGUCAAAAAGGCGUUAACUCUUAUGCGCUCAAAAAUUAAAGAAAAGCACAAAAUUUUCAUAGAAUUUAGGAUGCUACUGCAAAAUAAUGGUCUCCCUAAUGGGCCACCUUCUAGUUCUAGUGCAAGUAUUGCUGGAACGGGACCUUUUCUGGCUGCAAGUGCUGCUGAUGCACCAGAGGAAGCUCAGGAUCAUGAAGGCACAGCAUUGGAAGGACAUACAGCUUCUAACCAUGUCUCCACCUCUGUUUGA